UCUCGCGUUCUUUUCUCGUUCCUUCGCUCUUCCUCCAAGUUCAGGGUUCCACGUUUGUACACGAGGUCUCACCGGUAACUUCUAACAAUGGGAUUUGGUGAUCUCAAAACACCCGCUGGACUCAAGGUUCUGAAUGAGUUUCUGGCAGACAAAAGUUACGUCGAGGGGUAUGUGCCCUCUCAGGCUGAUAUUGCAGUGUUCGAUGCUCUGUCUGGCACCCCCUCAGCUGACCUCUGCCAUGCUUUGCGGUGGUACAACCACAUCAAGUCUUACCAGAAGGAGAAGGGCAGUCUUCCAGGUGUGAAGAAGCCUCUCAGUCAGUACGGCCCUGCUGGUGUGGAGGACACAACUGCAGCAGCUCCUGCAGCGGCUGAUGAAGACGACGAUGACAUUGAUCUGUUUGGUUCUGAUGAGGAAGAGGAUGAGGAAACCAAAAAGAUCAAGGAGGAGAGGCUUGCAGCAUACAAUGCAAAGAAGGCAAAGAAGCCUGCACUUAUCGCCAAGUCUUCCAUCCUGUUGGAUGUCAAGCCCUGGGAUGAUGAAACUGACAUGGCCAAGCUUGAGGAGUGUGUGCGCAGCAUUCAGUUGGACGGUUUAGUCUGGGGACAAUCUAAGCUGUUGCCUGUCGGCUAUGGCAUCAAGAAGCUGCAGGUUGCCUGUGUUGUGGAAGAUGAUAAAGUUGGAACAGACCAGCUGGAGGAACUGAUCACAGCCUUUGAGGACUAUGUGCAGUCCAUGGAUGUGGCAGCCUUCAAUAAGAUCUGAAACCCCACAGUACAAAGCAUCAAUCAAAUAAAAGCACUUCAAAUGCA